UACCUUUGUACUAACGGAGCCGGACUUUGACUUUUCACCAAAGUUCAGCGUGGUGGCUCCAGCACAGCUGAGGGUGGGCAGUAAAGAGAACAUCCUGGUGGAGGCGUUAAAUGUGGCUCAGCCAAUCACUGUCUCUUUCACAAUAUAUGAUUACCCAGGCAAAUCUGUACUACUGUGGCAGGGGUUUGUCACCCUCAAUGCAGAGAACAGCUACGGCAGCCUCAAAACCAUAGAGAUUGAUCCGAUACUCCUUCGGCCAGAAGAGAAGGUGGAGAAGUACGUAGAGCUGGUCACGCAGUUUGGGACCUUUCACCGAAGGGAGCAGGUUCUUAAAGUGUCUUUUCUCUCUGGCUACAUCUUCAUCCAGACCGACAAACCCGUCUACAAUCCUGGAGACACAGUGCGAUACCGAGCUUUUGUGUCUAACGUUGGAUUUCAGGCGUUCAGUGGCACGAUCAGCGUAGAAAUUCAGAAUCCUGAUGGCAUUACAGUGCAUGCUGAAGUCCAGAGCAGAGCACAUGAAGGCAUUUACUCAGACACCUAUGCGCUCUCAGACAUGGUCAAGGAAGGAAAGUGGAAGAUUGUGGCAAAGUUUGACCACCGGAAAGAGAACACGUUCAGCACUGAAUUUGAGGUUAAAAAAUAUGUGCUUCCAGCAUUCAAUGUCACUCUUACACCAUUGAAGCAUCACUUGGAUCUGGAAGACCAAGAGUUUGUGGUGAAGGUGUCUGCCAGGUAUUUAUAUGGUGAACCAGUGGAAGGAGUUGCUUAUGUGGUGUUUGGAGUGGAGCUGAAUGGAAAUAAAAUAAGACUGCCCACCAUGAAACAAGUGAAGGACCUGAAUGAAGGUAGUGCCACCCUGACUAUGGAGGAGCUUCAGAGGGCUUACCCCAACAUCCAGGGGUUAGUGGGCUCUUCCAUUUAUGUCAAAGCUUCCGUCCUGACCAGCUCAGGAAGCGACUUGGUGGAGGCUGAGAAGUCGGGCAUUAAAAUCGUCUUAGCAUCGUACGAGCUGUCCUUUAAAGGCACUCCAAGAAUCUUUAAAUCAGGCCUACCUUUCGACCUGACGCUUAGGGUCAGUCACCAUGAUGGCUCUCCAGCUCCAAACGUUCCCGUCAAAAUCAACUUACUGUCCGAUCCAGUCACCGUACACAACGGCAUCAUCAAAACAUCUUUAAGCAUGCCUGUGUCCCUUUACCAUCAGUUCAUAACAGCGGAGACGGUAAUGCCAGGUUUGAAGGACCAGCAGCAGGCGAAGGGCAUUCUGCAGGUGGAGGCGUACGAGCCGCACCUCCCACAUCGUGUCAAUCUGCUCUACGUCUCAAAAGGCAAUGCCGAAGUGAAGGUGGGAGAGGUCCUUAAUAUGAAGCUACACAUCAAGACAUUCUCUCAGAAGGAGCGCAACUUUAUUCAGCAUGUUUCUUACAUUGUUGUAAAUAAGGGGAAGAUACUCCAAGCCGGUAAGGUGCUUGUCGCAGGUCAGGAUGUGACUAAUUUUCCUCUGUCCAUCACCCCGGACCUUCUGCCCUCCUUCCGGCUCCUGGCAUACUACGUGUUGCCAUGGCAGCAGGGAGGAGAGGUUGUGACAGAGUCUGUGCUGGUGGAAGUUGAGAGACAGUGUGUGGGAAAACUAACAGUCGGACCUGCAAAGGGUCAGGAUUCAGACACGUACUCGCCAGGAGACAGUUUUCGCUUCCAGAUCAGAGGACAUCCAGGGGCGAAGGUUGGCCUGGUUGCUGUGGACAAUGCCGUUUUCCUGCUGAGCAAGAGCCGCCUGACUCAGAGCAAGAUCUGGGACACAGUGGGCCGCUCAGAUAUGGGCUGUACUUUGAGGGGAGUGAAGAAUGGUAUGCAGAUGUUCGUAGAAUCAGGACUAACUUUUGAGUCCAGCUACGGAGUAAAAACAGGCUCAGUGGAUCGUUGCUCUGCUAAUCAGAGGAAGAAGCGCUCUGCAGCCCGGAUGAAUCUCCGAGCCCAGCUGGAGAAAAAGUACUUGGAAGAGUCUCAGCAACGCUGCUGUUCUGCUGGAAUGAAGGAGAUCCCUAUGCCAUAUUCUUGCCGCCGUCGCUCUCUCUACAUCACAGAGGACUGGAUGUGUGUUCUGGCUUUCCUCGAGUGUUGCUCCAGUUACUGGGGCGAGUCGUUGGGUGUCAUCCUCCCACCUACACCCACUCCGACUGAGCCUGACUCCGUGGAGGGGCAGGGACCAAAUCUAGGAAUUCCUGUAGUUCCAGUACGUCCAGGAUCUCCACGAAUGCCUGCACUUGGUGCCUUUCCUGGAAUUCUAGGAGAGCCUGGACCUCCUGGAAUUCCUGGACCUCCUGGACAGCCUGUAUAUCAUGGACUUCCUGGACUUGCAGGACAGCCUGGACUUCAUGGACUUCCUGUUCCUGGCAUGGGGGUUGUCCCAUCAGAGAGGAUUCACUUACAGUCAGUCUUUGUUGGUGCUGGUUUAGCUCCGCGUAGAUCAGGGCCUGGACUUGGUGGUGUUGGGGUUAGUGCUCUCAGGCCCGUAGAGGAGGAAGAGGAGGAGGAGGAGGAUGAAGAAGAUUAUGCCUCUCUGGAUGAUAUUUACGUUCGCACCAAGUUUUUUGAGUCCUGGCUCUGGACGGACAUCAAACUCCCGGGAGUGCCUGAGACUGGUGCCAGGGACGGAUUGGCUUCUAUGCCGAUGGUCUCCGCUCUCCCUGACAGCAUUACUCAGUGGGGGAUUCUGGGUAUUAGCGCCUCACGUGACACAGGUUUCUGUGUGGCGGAGUCUUUUAACCUCAAAGCUUGGAAGCCCUUCUUCAUCGAUCUGCGUCUUCCUCGAACCACCGCCAGAAACGAACACCUGGAGGUCAAAGCCGUGCUGCACAACUACAUGAACACAGAACUGCAGGUGCUGGUAUACCUGGAGAAGACCGAGGACAUAUGCAGUGUGGCAUCUACUGGUAGACACGUGCAGCAGGUCACUGUUAAAGCACGUUCCUCUGUGGUUUUGCCUUAUACCAUCAUCCCACUCAAAGUCGGAGAGCUGCCCCUGCAGGUCACAGCCACAGCACGCUCAUUCGCUGGACAAGAUGCCAUCAGGAAGACUCUUCGUGUGGUGUUGGAAGGGAUCCAGAAGUUGGAUGUGAGGAGUUACGUGUUAAACCCUGCUGAUAAAGGAGACGGCGAUGGGAGGCAACAGAUUCGUGUAAACAGAGCUGAACUGAUUUCUGUGGUUCCUAAUUCACUUCCAGAAACAUUUGUCAACAUCAGAGGUGAUUUGCUGGCAGACAGCAUUGACAACUCCAUCAAUAAGGACUCUCUGGCCUCACUGAUCCAGAUGCCUGGUGGGUGUGUGGAGCAGAACCUGGCCAGCAUCAUACUUCCACUCAUAGCUGCCCACUAUCUGGACCGCAGUAAACAGUGGGAGAGUGUGGGAAUGCAACGCAGAGAGGAAGCUAUCAAGUACAUCCAGGCAGGCUAUGAGAAACAGCUUCACUAUCGCAAAAGUGAUGAUUCGUAUCCGCCCUACCGCAGUGAGGGAUCUAGCACCUGGAUCACAGCGUUUGUGGUGAAGGUGUUCUCUAUGGCUAAGCCCUUCGUCGGGGUUGAUGAGCAACAUAUAUGUGGGCCCUUGGUUUACCUGCUUAAAAAUAAGCUCCUCUAUUCUGGAGCCUUUAAAGAAGACAACCCUGUGUUCAGCUCUACCUUGUCGGGAGGACUUCGAGGUGCUGAAUCCAAAGAGACUCUCACUGCAUUUGUACUGAUUGCUUUGGCUGAGGCUCAGAACGCUGUUACCUGCAGUAAUGCACCAGUCAACACAGAGUUUGAGCUCAGAAAAUCAGGCGAGUAUCUGAAGGAGCGGUUCCCCCGGCUGAAGAGGCCAUACUCUGUGGCGAUAGCAUGCUACGCUCUGGCUGUGAGUGGACAGGGCUGUAUGAAGAGCAUGCUGAUGAAAGCUGCCUCACCAGACCAAACUCACUGGCCCGACUCAGACAACUCGUUCUUCACACUGGAAGCUACAGGCUAUGCUCUGUUAGCCCUGCUGAAAGGAGGCCACAUGCUGGAGGCAAUCGCACCAUUUAAGUGGUUAAAUGAGCAGCGGGGAUAUAGAGGAGGAUACGGAACCACACAGUCCACCUUGGUAGUGCUGCAGGCUCUGUCGGAGUUUCUGGUGAAGAGACCUCCUGAGAAACAGCUGAGCCUGCAGGUGGAGCUCCGUGUUCCUGGACGCUCAGAAAUGCGCUGGGCCUUCACCCCUUCACUGGCCCAUGUAGCCCGGUCAUCUCGGGUUCCUCUAGACCAGGACUUUACAGUGGUUGCCUCAGGAAAUGGCCAAGGAGUACUGGAGGUGGUAACAGCGUAUAAUCAGCUGCCAGACGUCCACGAGAAGAGCAACUGUAAUGGAUUUGAGCUUGAUGUGUCCAUCAGCGAGAGCACUGAGAAGCGUCCAGCGGAAGUAGAGAAGUCCUACAGUCUUAACAUCAGUGUGAGAGCUCUGGGGCCACGUCAGGUGCGGAUGGUUAUUCUGGACAUCAGCCUGCCCACCGGAUUUGAACCGGAAAUCUCUGACCUGGAGCUGCUAAGUAACUCCGUGGAUCGCUACAUCAACAACUUCCAGGUGGUGGACAACCUGAGUGAUAGAGGAUCUCUCAUCAUUCACCUGUUUAAGGUUUCCAGCAGAGAGGCAGACAUCCUCACCUUCAGACUGCAGCAGAAGUUUAAAGUGGGACUUCUACAGCCUUCUACAGUCACAGCGUACCAGUAUUACAACAAAGAUAAAAGAUGCAGCGUGUUCUACUCCCCUCCAGAAGACAAAGAGCAGCUCAGUCAUAUCUGCAAAGAUAACACUUGCCGCUGCACUCAGGGUGAUUGCUGUGUCGUUAAGGCUGUGGGCGAGUCUUCAUCAGUGAGUGAUCGGGAGAAAGUUGUCUGCACUGGAAUUCACCACGUGUUCAAGGUCAGAGUGCUGAGCGUCAACACCAGCCAGUACGACAGAUACGAGAUGGAGAUCCUGCAGGUCAUAAAGGAGGGUACCGAGGUUGGCCUGAAGCAGCAGGACACUAGAGUUUUUCUAUCUCACGCUGGCUGCAGGGAGGGGCUUAACCUGCUGCAGGGGCAGGACUAUCUCAUCAUAGGCCCGCCCUCUGAUAUAUGGCACGCAGGCAGCAGCUCCAGCGGGUACACAUACAUUCUGAGUAAGAGCACAUGGAUGGAGCACUGGCCGUCCUCCGAGGACUGCGUGAAUCAGGCUGCUGUGAAGAGCAAAUGUCAGGAGCUGGAGACGUUUACCAGCAAAUUUCUGAAAACCGGCUGCCAGAACUGAGAACUAACAAAUAAGGAGUUUUAGAGUAGUAUAACUCUUUCACAGAUUGUUUUGAAGAUGUUUAUCUGCUUAGUUAUAACAAUGUUCAAACACUAUAUAAUUUUUCCAAAAAAUGACACAAACUCCUAAGCGCUAAUAAAGUGAAUGUAAUAAACUUGU